AUGCCAUCUGGCAAUGCUUUUGAUAUGUAUGCCUCUGCAGACGCUCCUUCGAGCAUAAAACACCCCGGGGAGAGUAGUGGUGAGCCUUCCAGAAAAAGGACUCGACCAGAAGACCCUCCGGCUCCUGCUCUGUCCAGAACUACAACACCUCCUCCUCCUCCUCCUCACAGUACCCCUCCUUUCGAGCAGCCGGGAAUAUCUUUGGCCACUAAUCUAUUGAAUAAUGCCUUUAAUUCUACUUACGAAAAGUUGCAAAAAUUUUCCAAGCACCGUCGCAGCCAGGAAGCCUUCGUCAAUCUUCCCCCACUGAAGCACAGCCAGGUCCUUAGUCGUGGGAUUACUGAAGUCCUCAACGGUAUCUUGACCAUGAGCAAUGGAUGGUGUCGCGCUGAGGAGAUCGAGGCCAUACACGCCGAGGAGAUUAAGGUGGCUAAAGGCAAAGUCACUAGUUUAUCCGAGGAGCUAAAGAGGACCCAGGAAGAACUGGCCAAAGUCAUUGCUGCCAAGGAGAAGUUCAAGGAAGCUUCGGAGAAUAACUUCAAGGAAGCAGCCAAACUUCAAGAAGAUCUGGUGGCCAGUAUCAAGGAGGCUAUUGGACUGGAGGAACGGGUCAAGCUGCUCGAGGAAACCAAUUCCCAAAACCUAGAGAGGUUUAGAGAAGCUACCUUUAACUGCUUCUACUUGUUCUGGAAGAACAACAAAGAGGCGAAUUUCGACUACCUUCCCAAGAAAAUGAGGCAGGUUGAACUCGCGAAGUGCGCUGCUCGCCAAGAAGAGGAAAGGAAUGCUCAGAAUGCCUCAGACUCUCCUGAAAUCUCUCUGGCGAUAGGCAUCGAAGGUGCUGAAGAAGAUGCUGGAACAUCAGUCGACCAGCAGUCUCAGCAAGACCCACCUCCAACUGCACAAUAA